GGCAGUCACACUGCCGGAGCCUCUCAGGAGCCUCACACACACACAUACACACACACACACACACACACACACACACUGAGCUGGGCCUGGACACGCAGAUACAGCCGGCUGCCAAUCAUCAUCAGUGCACCUCCUCAGAGUGAGGCCAGAUCACCGUCAUGGAGCUCCACAGCGCGCAGAGACCCCUCCGCCUCCACAGCAGCCACAGCCUGACCGAGGAGAAGCACGCGAUGCUGAACCUGAACCACCGCCUGGAGGCCUACCUGAGCCGGGUCAAACUCCUGGAGGAGGAGAACACUCUGCUAGAAAAACAGAUCCAAACUCUGAGGCGCAGCGGUCAGGGGGCCUCUGGGAGGAGGAGGGGCCUGCAGGAGGAGCUGCGGCAGGUGAGACUGGAGGUGGACGCAGCCUGGAGGGACAGGGUCCUCACAGAGCUGGAGGUCUGCAGGGUGGCCGAGGAGCUCCGAGCCCUGGACCUGCAGAGGCAGAGGGAGGCUCAGGCUCAUGUGGAGGCCAAGAAGAAAGUGGAGCAGAGCAGGAGGGAGCUGGAGGAGGAGCAGCAGGCGCAGGUGUGGCUGAGGGAGAAGGUCAAUCAGCUGGAGCACGAAAUGAGGCUCCUAAUUCAGACCCACCAGAAGGAUGUCGCCCACCUGGAGGCCAAACUGAGCCAGUCCAGAACCACGAUGCCUCCCACAAUGACCCAAAGGAGCAACCAGACUCCAGACCUCCUCCAGUUGGAGCAGGAGCUCUCCCAGAGGGCCAGCAGGGCCUGGCAGGAGGCGGCGGAGGCGUAUCAGGGGCAGUUAGAGCGCCUGGAGGAGUCGCUGAACCAGACCAGAAGCCGGUUAACACAGCUGGGUGAGGAGAAGAACCAGAGCCAGCUGAAGCUCCGACAGCUGGAGGAGGAGAUCUCCUCAGAGCAGGAGGUCCGGCUGCGUCUGGAGAAGAACGCAGCGGCGCAGGGAGACCGAUACGACCACGAGAUCCAGCAGCUGCAGGAGCACUUGGACGGCCUGGAGGCGCAGAGAGAGGAGCUGGGCCAGCAGAUCGAUCAUCUGGUCCUGGAGAACCGAGGCCUCCUGCAGCAGAAGACGUCUCUGAGCCUAGAGGUGGCGACAUACAGAGCUCUGCUGGACAGUGAAAGCCUCGGAGGAGACUUGUCUUUGUUAAAUCAGCCCAGAAACAUUUCCAUCACAGAUGCAGUUUUCAGUCCUCGGGGGGUUAAGAAGAAUUACCAGACCCAGCUGUUUGCUGGCCACAAGACCACUUCCCUCUCAUCUGUCCGUGGUGUGACAGGAAGAGGGCCAACAAUUACUACAACACCGAUAUGGAGUAGAAAACCCAUAACUGACACUCAAAAGAUUUCCAUGAAACCUGACGACACAAAGUCCACAACACUGGAAACCCCUUAUCCCAAAAUACUGCAGGAAGGAGCUGUGGAGAAUUUCAGACCGCAGGAGGUUCAUGAGAAAGUCACGUAUGCUGAGCCGCUAUCGCCUCCAAACGAGCCGGAGGUCGAAACAACAUCGGGAGGCAAAGAAGGUGAAGAGGACCAGGACACUGCUGGUGUGGAAAGCCCGACUCAGGCAGUCGUCAGUCGUCAGGUUGAGUCUGGUCUCAGCACUGAGCCAACAUUCAGUGAUGAAGUGAAUCAGUUUACAACACCGAAUCUCACACCAUAUCAUGUCCGAAUGACAGAGGAGCCCUGUGGAUCCUCAGAUGAAUCUGAAAAUGAUGUGCCUUUAGAAAUACCUGCAGAAAAAGAAAAUAUGCAAGAGAUACAAGCUCCGACUGAUGCAUGGAGAGAGAAGGAAGUAGCACAUGUGCAAGAGGAAACCUCUGAUUCUGAAACUGAGGCGGUGCUCGAACCAAACUUUGAUUCCAGGACGAGCAGCCUGAUGUCCGAAUGUGAGCCUGAAGAAAGCUUAUUCAACAAAGUGCCAGAUUUCAGCCGAGACGAGGACAUCUUAAAGGAAGACACAGUCGAGAUAAAGCAAGAAAUAAGCCGUUCUACGGUAGGAACAAAUGAGACAGAUGUUGAGGACAAGUUGUACCCGGACGGAGAAGAGAUGGACACAUGGGACAGUAUGAUAGAAAGGAAGGUUGAUGUGAAGACAGAUGAAGGCAUAAAAAAGGACGAAGAAAAACAAAAACACGCUGAACCAGAGGAAGACAUAUCAGCAAGAGAGCAAGAGCACGACAAGAAGGAAAAUAAAAAGGAUUUAACCACAGAUGUAAAGCAAGACGACACCGUGGUGUCUUCUGUGAUGGACGCUCAAGAAGAUGAUGGACAGCAUGCUUCGUUGGACCAAGAGAACGAACUGUUUCCCGACAACGAGGAAGACGAUGACGAGGAUUCUCAAAAUGUCUCGGUGUCGUGGAGGACCGAGCUGGAAAGCGACAGCUACGCUCAGGAAAACACUCUUGCCGACACUCGUCCUCUGAUUCGAUACAAGAGCGACGAGACAGACGCCAACACUCAGGCGUCACACAUGGACGAGAGCGAGUCCAGUGAGGGCGAACAGGAGAAGAAGGUCGGAGAGACGGGAACGUGGAUUGAAGGCAAGUCGAAGAGAUUUGGAACUAUGGAAGAUCUGUGCGAGGAAGUGGAGGGAGAAGCAUUGGAUGAGGAAUAUAAUCUGAGAUAUGCUGAGGACAGGGACGUUGACGAUGGCGUGACUGUAAGUGAGCAGGCGACACUGUUGAAGGACACAGAAGAUGCAGAAGAAACGAUAGGAAAAGUCACAGAAGGACAUUUAGAUGAAGGAGAACCUCCAAAACUCACGGCACCCACAAAUGUGGAUGAGGAGUUGGAGAUAGACCGACUGGUGGAACAAGAAUUAGAAAAUCUCGCCACGGACAGCUACAGCGCUCACUUUGCACAGCAGCAGGUCGGCAAGAGUGAGAAGUUUCUCGAGAAAAUGACAGAACAAGAAGAGGUCAGAGAGUCAUUCUGUGCAGAGUCCGAAGUGAGAGUAACCCACCAAGCUGCAACAUCAGCUACAACUACAGAUCAGCCUCAUAAGAAGCUCUAUUUCAGUGAUUCGGCUGUGGUGACACCUCAGUCAGACACUCUGGCUGACGAGGCGGUCCAGCAUAAAGACCAAGAAGCGAUGGACGCUUCAGAGAAAAGAGAGGAAGAGGAUGGACACAACGUGUCCAUGGUGACACACGCUGAUCCAACUGAAGAUCGCUCUGGCCUCACGGACUUCAUCAGCCAGCCAGAUGUGGAGGAAAUCCACAGCUCGGAGGAACCGGACUCUGUGCUGCAGGUCAAAGCAAAUCAAGAGAACCUGCUUGUGCUCACUGAGGCGAAAGAGGAUGAAUCUGUGGAAGCAUCUCAACAACAUCUGAUUGAGGAUACUGCAGACUGUCAGGAGUUUCCAGUUCCCGAAACAGCUGAAUGGGAAGUCAUUGAGAAUCCUAGUGAGGACUUUGAAUUCAGAGCUCAGAAUAAAGAUUAUGAAAAAUCAGCUGAAAGCUUUCUGCACGAGGACAGAGGCUCUGAUGAGGGUGUUAAAGAAGAGCCCCUUGAGAUUUCCCCUGACGGCGCCCCUGAUGAAAAGGAUAUCUUCGUGGUGAAGGACUCGACAGAACGACUGAACACAAACAGCAAAGACAGCAGCCUCCACGGUUUCAUCAGCUCUGGCUUAAAGAGUGAUUUCUGGGUGUCCUCCCUGGAGACCGGCGCCACCUAUCAACCAGACGAUGCCAAUAACGAAGCGGCUGAGCAAGCCAAUCAGAAUCUGGGAUUUGCUGACAAUUUGGUUUGGGGGGAUUCGGAAAAUGUGGUUAACUGGAACUCCAGGGUGGAUAUUGACUCGUCUAAAGCCCUGGCAGCAAAGAAAGAGCAGGAGCAGAUGCAUUCAGAGUCUGAAGCUGAGGGUGAAUCCUGGUCAUCAGGGGAAGAACCAGUGUAAAAAGUAGUGACAAGUGUUAUUAAAACCAGUUUUAGGUUUAAUCUGUGUUAAGGCCUUUGCACACUGAGUCCGUUUUUUCGUGCAAAGCAUUUUGUCCUUCUAUUAAUUGCAAAAAGUCAACGCGUUCUCGUCCCAACUUGUCACAUGGUACCGCUCUGUCUGUGACCUUCUGCGUCUACUUAUGACGUUUUGGGUUUCCUUCUGUGUCAGCUGUUUACGCUCCAGGAUGCCGUUACUGUGAUGUCAACAAAUGCACAUGGUGGGUGCACAUUAGACCAUAUCUAUUUGUAGACAUCUGAUAAUUUCAGACGCAAAAACAACAAACCCAGUGUGCAAAGGCCGUUAGUCAGAGAAAAUCACGUGUAACGCAUUCACUGUAAAAACCAAAGUCGUGCCUUGGUGCGCACCCCAGUGACGCUAACCAUCGAUGUGCCAAGUCUAUCUUUAACAAUACCAAGCAUCCGCCUUGUUUCUUUGAGGGGAGACGCCCCAGGCAACCAGGGUCAACUUUUAAACUACCAACUAUCACCAUGAAGGCAUUGUCUUGAAUAUGCACUAAUUUUCAUUUUAAUUAGCAUGUCCAGGACAUGUUUUUAUGUUUUUAGGACUAAAAUGGUGAUAUAUGAACAAAUCCUCUGCAAAAACAUUAAGAAUAUAUAGACAGGAAUAAAACUGGAAGGUUUGGUGUCUGUUGGAUCAUUUGCAGUCAAGAUUUUGGCUCAGAGUUUGAGUGAAAAAAAGCUUAUUUUAAAGGAAACUGAUCUGAGUUAUGUAUUUAAAAAUCUUAAACAUUUUUAGACCAAAACUAAGACACUGGGUUAAAACAAUUAAGUAAAUAUCACCAUUAAACUCACCUGGCUGAUUACUACACUAGAUACAUCUUUUUUGUAUUAUUUUCUAAAAUAAGCAAAUAAGGCAUUAUCCAAUUAAAAACAUGCCUUUUUAAUUAAUUUCCACAACACUAAAAUAAACCUAAAUUGUUACUUUGGAUGUUUUCCUUCCUCUAGACAUGAUCUGGAAGCAAAAUAACCCCAAAUCUCAAAAUUGACCCAUGCAUUAAAAACAAAUGUUUUCUGGGGCGUCUCUCCUCUGACAUUUUUGACUAACCUUUUCUGCCUCUGUGCUAACAGCUGAUUUAUUUAGCGUGCAUGUUGUGGGAGCCGGUUUGUGCUUGAGGGAGCAGCAUGAAGAAAGAACAAAGAGUGUCAUUUGAAAGUCAGUUUAUUGAUUGCUGCCUAAUCUGAUUUUACUGACUGAUGGGAAUCAAUGAGAGCAGGAGGGCUGGAUUUCUUGUAGAUUUCUCAGAGCAUCAAACAGGCUCGCGUUUCUGCUGCAGAGUUCUCGAAUUUCGCCGCACAGACUCAUCUUUGCAUGUUUUACAGGCGUAGAGUGAAUGGUCGGCUGUAAAAGGUUUGUGUGAAAGAUGACACAAACUGGUUAGACUAGGCAGACUGUUGAGUUUGUAUUUGUUUGGUCUGCAUUAAACAGACGUUUUAUUUAUAGAUUUGCUGCGGUACAUUAACAGCCCAGAAUAAACAGUAGAUUGAUGAUAUA